AUUGCGAAAUGAGAGGAAAGUGCCGUUACCGUGACCGAGUAGUCAUCCAUGUGGGUAUGCAAGUGUUUGUCCACCUGCUGAAAAGAGAUGGCGGGGAUGGCGGUCUACUGUUUGUUUCUCGGGGGAAUGUUUGCGUUUGCUGCUACGGCAACUGCCCUUCGUGUUCGAUCUAUCUGACGAACUAUGAUGGUUGUCAUUAGCAAUCCUGAAAACAGGCCAUUGUAUGUUGCGCCUCUCGUAAUUUAUCGCAAAUCUUUGAAAAAUAUUAGCUGUUUCAUACAACUUUUAGAUGCCAGAAUGCCAGUAACCAUGGCAACAGUAACUUGUCUCACUUCUCUUACUACUACUGAUCUUAUGUAAGGGAAAAUUUUGUUCAUAUCAUCAUGGCUUGCUCCAAUUUUAUGGCACGUUCUCCAAUGAAAUACAGAAAGAAAAACUGUCAUGUAUUUCAGUUAUGUUACACAGAUCUCUGUAACAUUCAUAACACUUCAAUGAUAUUUCCUAUUAAAGCUCAUUUGCACAAGAGAAUAUUAGACUUUAAUGGGGACAGAGUUAAAUUAGAUGAAUGGCGACCAAUUUUGAAGGCAUUAAGCCUAGAUCGUAGCCUUCACCUUAUAGCGAUCAGAAGCAAAAACUCGUGUUCCAAAGUCCUGGAACACAUAGACUCUGAAACAAAGUGUCGAUCUGUUGUGAAAAGACUGCCAGUCCUCCUUACCCAUUUUAUUUUUGGUAAAUUGGUAACGUCUUUGAGUCGUUGUUUACACUACAAUUCUCACCUUAAAUGUCUGGAAUUAGAUGGGCUCCUACUCUCUGGAGAGUAUUUGCAGACCCUACUUUCUGGUCUUGAGAAGAGUUUAUCUUUGCAGCAUCUCUCACUUCACCGAUGCCCCCUCGGUGAUGAGGGUUGUCAUUUAGUGUGCAACUCUCUUCGUAAUUUGCCCAAUAUUUUGACUGUUGAUAUGUCAGGGUGCAACAUAUCUUGCAAGGGAGUUCACAGCAUAGCAAGGACCCUUCAAUACCAGAAUCUGAACAGAUAUGGAGAGAACUGGAAGCAAUCCUUGCGUUAUCGCACUCCUGACACUGAUGUGAUGCCUGGACUACGUAGGGUAACUCUGAAUCACAACCCCCUCAUUGGAGAUGCCGGUGUCACAGAAAUAAUCAAUGUUCUCAGAGAUGACCUCUGGUUGAAAGCUCUUGAUUUACAAAAUGUUGGUUUGACAAAUGUUGGUGGAAUGGAGAUAGUAAAUUUAUUGAAAGUCAAUAAAAGCCUAUCUGUUUUGGAUGUGCACAACAAUGUUCAUCUCGAUGAAUCAGUUUAUGAAUCUGUGAUGAAUAUGCUAGCAUCCAACAAUCUGGGAAAGCCAUCUGAGUACCAUUGGAUAAGAGAAGAUACAUUAUAUUUCCCACGGAAACCUUUAUAUCAAAGUAGGGAUCCUUCCAUUGCUCAAAGGUCAAUCAAAUGCCAUGAUGGAGCCAACUCUGAACAGCGAUUCUAUGAUGGCAAUGCUGUUCGUCUAACAAAAAGCAGUAUAAUUCCAGAUACAAGAGGUACUCAAGUACAAAUUACUAAAGCACGUUCUGCUUCAGCUGUUAUCUCUAAUAAAAGUAAUGGCCGAUCAUUGGAACACAAGAAUACACCAAAAGCCUUAAGGAGGCACCAAUUUAAUGCCAAGCAAAAGGUUACAAUUCCGUCAAACCCUAUGAGCAAUUGGGAACACAUUAAUGCUUCUGGAGAUGGGAGCUAUGCACAUGAUAUUCGAGCAAAGCUUCGAGAGCUUUCUUCAAAAUUAGAAGAGGAAAAGCGUAGGCGGCUUGAAGCAGAAAAGCAAAAUGCUGAUCUAGCAUUAAGGCUUGAAACAAUUACCCAAAAGCAUGAGGGUCAAAUCUUAAUGGACCAAGGUGUUGUUAAGGAGAUUACAGAAGCCUUUGCUGCUUUCAAUUGCUUUGUAGCUAUAUUUUCAAAACAAGGGCUUCCUUUGAGGACUGAAAACAGCUCUGUCCAAAUAUCUGACUUGGUCUCUCCCAAUUCUCUAUCGCAGAGCAUACAAAGUGACUUUGAGUCUGGUGUGGAUGAAGAACCUGAGGAUGUGAAACAGUUUGCUGCUCUUUCCCUUUCACAGAGAAAUAUUCAAGACUGGAGAGUAGAGUUAAAUCAAGCUACAACAAGUGAUAGCAAUGAUGAGACAUCAUCCACUGAAAUAGACCAGGAUUCCAACUCUUUUAAUCAGAAGUGCAAAAAAGUUCAGAAAGAAGUCAAGACAGUUGGAGAAGAUGUGAAUGUUGAUGUACCACAUGGUCCUAUUGAAUCACCUCAAAGUCAUCUUCAGAAUAUUUUAAAUGAGAUAUUUCAGUCAGAUUUUCCCAAUUUACAACUUAACGACCUACUCAAGACAAAUCCUGUAUCAUUCAUCACAAAUCGUGAGAGUAAUGUACCUGAAAAAUGUCUAACGACAAGUCCUCAAAUUAUCACUCCAAGGAAAACUGACUGUGAUACUGAAGGUGAUAAAGGAAGAGGUUUCAGUUUUUGUGCUGGAUCAAAUGAAUCCCUGUACAUGAAUGCUGAGCAAACAAAUGGAAAUGAUGCAGAAGAUUCCAACACUAGUUGGGUCACUGAAUCCUGCUAUAGUGAUCCUUCACCAACACCGACUUUAACAGAACUUAAUGCUAAUUAAAAUAUUGUUCUUCACAUACCAAGAUAUUUGACAAUGGUGUAAGUAACUUUCCAGCAACUCAUUUGAAGCCUGCAGAUUCAUUUGACAUUCCACUUUGGUCAAAUUGCAGUAUAUUACAGUAGAUGUUUAACCAAAAAAAAAACCCAAAAAAUACUGACUACUUGUACCAAGAAUUUGAUAGACAUCAUGGAUUUUUUUUUCAUAUCUUUUCUUAUAGACCUUUAUGCGUGUGUUUCAUUUAUGUCAAAAAUGCUAAAGUUGCUGUUUUUUAAUUGUUGACCAAGAAAAGAUCUAAGGAACUAGUAAUAAAUUUAUGACAGCUUCAUU